GCACGAGGACGCGCUCCGGGGACGCGCGAGGACACCGUGGCGGGAGAAGCGCUUCCGGUGGCGGCAAAGGCUGCACUGAGCGGGACCUGCGAGCUGCGCACGCUGCGGCCCGGGGGAGCGAUUUUGACUUGGGUGCCUCUGGAUUCUCCAUUCUUUGUCCAUCCCCCGUUUGAUCUGCUUCAAUGUUCCCGGCAUUGUCAUAGGUGCCCAAGGAGGAUGCAGGAAGCUCAGGCAGCCAUUCCUGGCACCAGGAGCUGCAUUUAUGCACAGGACUAUGGCCGUCCGGGACCAUGUCUGGAGAACUGCCACCAAACAUUAACAUCAAGGAACCUCGAUGGGAUCAAAGCACUUUCAUAGGACGAGCCAAUCAUUUCUUCACUGUAACUGACCCCAGGAACAUUCUGUUAACAAACGAACAACUAGAGAGUGCAAGAAAAAUAGUACAUGAUUACAGGCAAGGAAUUGUUCCUCCUGGUCUUACAGAAAAUGAAUUGUGGAGAGCAAAGUACAUCUAUGAUUCAGCUUUUCAUCCUGACACUGGGGAGAAGAUGAUUUUGAUAGGAAGAAUGUCAGCCCAGGUUCCCAUGAACAUGACCAUCACAGGUUGCAUGAUGACGUUUUACAGGACUACGCCGGCUGUGCUGUUCUGGCAGUGGAUUAACCAGUCCUUCAAUGCCGUCGUCAAUUACACCAACAGAAGUGGAGACGCACCCCUCACUGUCAAUGAGUUGGGAACAGCUUACGUUUCUGCAACAACUGGUGCCGUAGCAACAGCUCUAGGACUCAACGCAUUGACCAAGCAUGUCUCACCACUGAUAGGACGUUUUGUUCCCUUUGCUGCUGUAGCUGCUGCUAAUUGCAUUAAUAUUCCAUUAAUGAGGCAAAGGGAACUCAAAGUUGGCAUUCCUGUCACAGAUGAAAAUGGGAACCGCUUGGGGGAGUCAGCGAACGCUGCGAAACAAGCCAUCACACAAGUCGUCGUGUCCAGGAUUCUCAUGGCAGCCCCUGGCAUGGCCAUCCCUCCAUUCAUUAUGAACACUUUGGAAAAGAAAGCCUUUUUGAAGAGGUUCCCGUGGAUGAACGCACCCAUUCAAGUUGGGUUAGUUGGCUUCUGUUUGGUGUUUGCUACACCCCUGUGUUGUGCCCUGUUUCCUCAGAAAAGUUCCAUGUCUGUGACAAGCUUGGAGGCCGAGUUGCAAGCUAAGAUCCAAGAGAGCCAUCCUGAAUUGCGACGCGUGUACUUUAAUAAGGGACUGUAAAGCAAGGAGGAAACCUCUGCAGCUCAUUCUGCCACUGCAAAGCUGGUGUAGCCAUGCUGGUGAGAAAAAUCCUGUUCAACCUGGGUUCUCCCAGUUACAGAAACCUUUUAAAGAUCCACAUUCGCCUUUUAGAAUAAAGCUGCUACUUUAACAGAGCACCUGGCAUGGGCCAAGUGCCUGAUACUCCCUUACAUUGAAUCAUGUUAUGAUUUAUAGAAAUACCCUUCCUUUAGCUUUUAUAGUCAUUGUUUUUCAAAGACAGUAUACCAGCCAUCACCCAGGGUUUUAAAAAAGUACUAAUAGACAUAGAAUAGGUGCUCAGUGUAUGGUCAGUAAAUAUUCUAUUGAUUAUCAAUCAAUGAAAAGAGAAUCUGUUUAAAAUAUUGAAUUUUCAUCUCACUCCCAUUCCAAAUCAAGGAGAUCUCAGCAGUGAACUGGGAAAAUACAAAAGCUCUGGGCUAAUGUAUAAAAACUUACCCCGAAAUAUUAAGGGCAGUUUGCUUCUAGUGUGGGGACUGUGCUGGCCCAAUGAAGGUAACGAAGUUUUUGGAUUUGGAGGGUGAAAGCUCCUUCACACCCCUUCCAAAAGUCAGUCACGGACCAGUGCAACAUGCCUUCCUGCUGGAUCAUUAUAUACAUUCAGAUUGUGGGUGGAUUGCCUUGGUUGACUUUUAAUUUAUUGUUUUAUGUUCUUACAAAGAUGUUAAUCUUACCUUGCAGUUAUUGACUUUAUAUUCAAUUAUUUACAUCAAAUAAUGAAAUUACUGAAAUGUACAAAUGUCAAAUUUUGGAAGUAUAUUCAAUACCAAUGCUGUGUGAGUGGGCUGAAUCUAGUUCAUUGGUUUUUUUUUUGGUAAGAAGUGAGACUACAGUUCCAGCUACCUACAUGUCUUUUCUUGUCAUCCUUAUAGAUCUCUUUGGCUUUCAGAAAGAUACAGUGAUAAUGUGUAUGAAUCAGUCACAGUGAAUUUUACUUGAAUAUUGUAUGUUGCAUUCCACUUCAUUGGAAGAUAAUGAAAUGUACCACUGUUUACAUCAUCUGUAGUGAUUUCACAGAUAAUAUAUUUAAUAUAACAGAUUAUGUUUCAAGUCUGUAGAUGUCGAACGUCGUAGACAGUCGGCCCUCUGUAUCCAUGAGCUCUACAUCUGUGAAUUCAGUCAAGUUUGGAUGGGAAAUAUUUUUUAAAAAGAUACAAAAUAUACAUAAUAAUGAAAAAUAAUACAAAUUUAAAAACUAAUACAGUAUAAUAACUAUUUACAUAGUGCUUACAUUGUAUUAGGUGUUAUAAGCAAUCUAGAGAUGAUUUAUCAAGUAUACAGGAGGAUGUGCCUAGGUUAUAUGCAAAUACUGCGCCAUUUUAUAUCAGGAACUUGAGCAUCCGCAGAUAUUGGUAUCGGAGGGCAGUCCUGGAACCAGCCACCCACGGAUACUGAGGGGCGACGUUUCACGAAGUGUAGAUCAUUGUAUUCAGAGAUUGUAAGUGAAAAAAUAUAUAGAAACUCUUUAGUUUUGGCAGAUUUUUUUUCUGACAAUGUGACCGGACUGAAUUUCCUCAUAAAGAAAAAAUGGCGUGCCUUGUGUCUGUGUUUCUCUUUUCUCUGAAAGGAUUAAUAGAUCUGAAGCUUUGGGCCACUCGGAGCCUUCCUUGAUGCUGCCAGAAUCUCCUCAUUUAGAUUUUUUGUCUUAAACCAUUGGAAGCAAAACGGCUUUCCCGUGACACUCUGGUCUUGGACAGGUUCUGUUGUCCUCGACAUGUCUCUUUAAAAAGUGGUAAAAGCCUGAAAUUCAGGGCAGAUCUCCAUAAGGUGCUGAAGGGACUCUUUUCGUAGGAAGCUAAGGCACGGCUGCCUGCCCCAGGUGUCCUGCUCCUCUCAGAGUCCUCCCGGCACCAGGUAAUCUGUAGCUCCAUUUCAGAAUGUUAACCUCCAGUGAAGAGCUCAUGACUGGUUAGAAGACUGACAAACUAACCAAAAUUUUACACACUCCAGUUAUGUGUGUUAAAAGUUAUAAAAGGAAUGGCCAGGCGCGGUGGCUCACCCCUGUAAUCCCAGCACUUUGGGAGGCCAAGGCGGUUGGAUCACCUGAAGCCAGGAGUUUGAGACCAGCCUGGCCAACAUGGAGAAACCCUGUCUCUAAAAAUACAAAAAAUUAGCCAGGCGUGGUGGCGCACACCUGUAAUCCCAGCUACUCGGGAGGCUGAGGUAGGAGAAUCGCUUGAACCCGGGAGGCGGAGGUUGCGGUGAACCGAGAUCACACCAUUGCACUCCAACCUGGGCAACAGAGCAAAACUCCAUCUCAAAAAAAAAAAAAAGAUUAUAAAAGGGAUGAUGAACAUGGAGCUGCGUCUUUUUAAACGUUGUUUUUUGAUGCUUCAGACUCUUAAUGCUUUUAUAUAAAGCUAUAAACUGUGUAUGUUAAUCACGGUUUAUAACAAAGAACAAAUAAACCAAGAUUGGCAAUCCUUGCCGAUCUUUUAGAAAUACCCUUUCUGGAGAAAAAAAUCCACAUGAAGUGCAAUAAGCUUGUAAAGCUAAGUAGUUAUUAAUAUUUCUAUUAACAUGAUAUAAAGGAUUAUGAUUGUAAGUGUUUACUGACUGGCAGUUUUUAUUUCAGUAUUAGCACAGUGUCUUGCCAGUAUUGGAGGCCAUGUAUUAUUUCAGUUCAACUGGAUGAAAUGUUAAAUAAACUCAGAAUGAAAAUAAA